ACUUGAGAGUAUUUUCAUAUUAUUAUUCUGUAUAAAAAUGGCGACAAAGUGUUUGAUAAAAGUUCUUCUGACUCUAUUGAUUGUUGAUAGUGUUUUUUGUAGACUUCCACUAGUUUUCUUUGAUAUUGCAGCGGACAAUCAUCCCAUAGGUCGAUUUGUUAUGGAGUUGCGAUCUGAUGUUGUACCAAAAACCGCUGAGAACUUCCGAGCUUUAUGUACUGGAGAAAAGGGUUUCGGUUACAAAAAUUCAAUAUUCCAUCGAGUUAUCCCAAAUUUCAUGAUCCAAGGAGGUGAUUUCACCAACUUCAAUGGAACCGGUGGUCAAUCAAUUUAUGGAAACAAAUUUGAGGACGAAAACUUCACACUCAAACACACUGGUCCUGGUACUCUUUCCAUGGCAAAUGCUGGUCCAAACACCAAUGGAGCACAAUUUUUUAUCACUACCGUCAAAACUUCUUGGUUAGAUAAUCGACAUGUCGUUUUCGGCUCAGUCGUCGAAGGACUGGAAGUUAUCAAGAAAAUCGAAGCUAUGGGAAGUCAAAGUGGAAAACCUAGCAAGAGAAUCGUCAUUACAAAUUCUGGCCAACUCAGUUAAUCAAAUUAAUAAUGAAUUUGAUCAUGAAAACGAUAAAAUUGUAUAAUCGUUGAAAAUUUGUCAAAACAAUUUCAAGAGUAAAAUUUUCCGAUGCAAAUACAAAAUACCAGUGUAACUAAAUUUUCAACUGAUAGUUUGUGAUUUCAAUUCAUUAAUCGCUGAUUCGUUGAUGUAACGCUGAUAUUCAGCUCUAUUUUACUCCUAAGGAAAAGAAUAGCAAGUAAAAGAUAAGAUAAUUUGAAUAGCCGAAGGCAAUUAAAGAAAUUAAGAUGUGGCCUAGAUUAAGUUCAAGGAUAUGAAAUCAAGGUAACAUCGGAUUACUGGUUAUGGAUGAGAAUCUCAAAAUGGUAGUCAAUUUGAUUGAAUCAUUGAACAAAAAGAGAUACUAUUAAUUUAAUUGUCAAGUAAUUAAAUAAGCGAUUAAAAGUAAACUCGAAAUUGAUCCAGCUCGACAAAUGGAUUCAGGAAAUUAUAUGUGUCAAGCCAAUAAUAAAUAUGCAAUUGAUCAGAGACAUUUUAAAACUGAUUUCUAAUUAAAUCAACAACAACAAGCUACAAUUUAAAAUGAUUUCUCAACAAGAAAUUAAAUUGUUUCCAUUUCAUUGGCUUAUGAUUUUUACUUCAACAAUUUAAUUGAAAGAGUUGACAUUAACACAGAAAAAUACAAGAGAGAAAGUUAAGUAUUUGCAAUUUAUGAUCAACAGUUAAUCUUUCGUAUAUUAAUACUAAAAUUAUAUCCGUUUCAUCAUUUAAAAAGGAUUAGUUGAUUAGGAGAGAGAGUGAAAGUAUCAAAGAGUAAUAUAAGUUACUACUCUUUGGAAAGUAUUGUAAUUUUAAUUGUUUACCAAUCAAAUUAACCUGAUGGGCAAAAAUCAAUUCUCAACAUUUAAUUAAUGUUACCUGUUCAAUCUGUUUGAUUAUUUGAUCAAAUUACUCGAUUAAAUAUGGAAAAGGAUUUUUCUUAAUAAAUUAGCAUUCGAUUCGUUAUCACAUUACUCUUUGAAACAAUUAGAUAAAAAGAAAGCAUUUCUAGUGGCAAUUUUACAAUUGCAAUUUAGUCAUAAGGUUGUGAUGAUUGGAUAUUACUGUUACAAUUGUAUUUCUAUAAAAUUGUCAUUGUUAAAUUGAAUGAGUUAAUUGUUAAAACCUUUGGUUGUAAACCAAUAAUCAUCAAUAAGACAAGUAGCAACAUGGUCAUUGGUUGUUGAUGAUUUUUACGUUGACAAAAUUAUCAUCAUCUUCACCUUUCUUGACCUUUCUAAUGGUUGGUCAGCGAUAAGAUUCAAGACAAUCACUAAGCUCCCUUGGAAGGUUAUAUUAAAAAGAAGGAAAUUACAAAAAAUUGUGUAUUGUAUUAAAUCAAUCAAGAUGAGUUUCUCAUCAAAUAUACUCAUUCUUUUCCUAACCAUCAGCUUAACAUGCAAUUACGUUGAGUGCGAAGUUUAUAAAGCGUGUACAGUGGGUGAGCUACAUGGUGUUCUAUCUAUGGUGUGUUCAGUUGCAAGGCGUCAAAGUGAAAUGAAUGAUUUCGCAAUUAAAGGAGGUGUGGGCAAGAUUAGAUUAUCAUCAGCUCGAGAAUUAGCAAAAGAGUGUUGUGUCCAUGGAUGUGAUAUCUCAAUUUGGAUUAUCCAUUGUUAAAUCUACAUAAAUCAUCUUUAAAUCUUCUUCUUACUCAAGUGAAAAUGAGAAAUAUUUUUUUGUAUCAUUUGUUUACCUUUUUUCAUUCUUGAUGAUUUCAACGUAAUCAUGAGAUCGUGAGUAGAAACCAUCAGAUGACAAUGCUCCCCAAAAAUUGGACCAAAGUUUACCAGGACGGACAAGUAGCGGUGCGAUAAUGCGCCUAAAAGAAAUGAUCACAAUUAAGAUUGUCAAUUAAUUACAGUUAUCAUUUUUUAAAAUGAAAAUGUUUUAAUUUUGUUUAUAUAUUUUUGAGCUAAAUGAGCAGCAAUGAACAGAUUGUUUUACUCAAAUUAUUUUUAUCAUCACCCAAUUAAAAAGAGAUGAAAAAAUUGAUUCAAUCAAAAUCAAAAUCACAUCACAACAAUUAA